AUGGCAUCCUGGUCCCGCUUGGUCCGCUUUCAGGCUGCGGAUGGCGCGGAGAAAUUGGGCGAUUUGCUCGUCAAAGACGAGCAAGACUUGGCCCUCAAAUUGAAGAAUGAUGAAUUGCAAGCAGUUGAGUUGCAAGGCGCCGGCGGUCUGUUCGGGCCUCUCGCUCGAGGAAACACGGUCAAGGUUCACAAGCUACUGCCGGUCCUCCGCAGAGCCGACGUGCCAAUAAUCAGGUGCAUUGGCCUCAACUACAUGAAACACAUUCAAGAGGGCGGCCGCAAACCACCCCCAUAUCCUUCCGUUUUCAUCAAGCCGAGCACUUGCCUGGCUGGUUUCUCCGAAGACAUUCCAAUUCCUGAGAUCGCCCAAGAAGGCACCCUCGACUAUGAAGGAGAACUGGCCAUCGUGAUUGGCAAGGAGGGCCGUAACAUCUCCAAGGAGGCCGCUCUCGAGUACGUCGCGGGGUACUGCACCUCAAACGACGUCUCCAACCGGGCCUGGCAGCGCGACCCCGCCAAGGCCGGCGGUGUGCCGCAGUGGUGCUUCAGCAAGGGCUUCGACAAGUUUGCGCCCCUCGGGCCCAUGAUCGUCAGCCCCUCGGUUGUGGGCAACGCGUCCGGGCUGCACCUGCAGACGCUCGUCAACGGCGAGGAGCGCCAGAGCAGCCCGACCAACGACCUGCUAUUCGGGGUAGAAGAGGUCGUGUCGUUUUGCAGCCAGGGCACGACCCUCGAGGCGGGCACCGUGAUUCUGACGGGAACGCCCUCUGGAGUCGCGAUGGGCAUGAAGGAGCCCAAGUACUUGAAGGACGGGGACGUUGUGGAAGUCAAGAUUAGUCAACUGGGAAGCGUCAAGAAUACCAUGGUAUUUGAAAAGUAG